AUGGAGGACGCCUACAUAAUGGCGACGACAUCGCAGGAAAUGGUGACAGAGUUCUAUGACGAAGAAGGGGAUCCCUGCGAGAUAUCGUUCGCCCCGGCAAGACGAUGGUGGCUGGUGGCGGUGGCCGGAACUUCCUUAUCAGUCAUCUCUUUGAUUACGAACAUGAUCAUUGCCAGAGUGCUGUUGCAAAAGAAGCACGCGCAUUUCUUCUUUCUGGGUCUUUUGGCAGUCAGCGAUACUUUUUUGAGUUUUUGUUAUGGGCCGGUGAUUGCGAUGGAAAUUGUGAGGUACAAUGUGGAGGUAAGGGUAAUUACAUCCAAGCCAAACUUGAAAGUACAGAGAAAGUAAUUUUGGCUACGUUAAUUAUGUGGAAAACAGAGAGUAACAUAGCCAAAUAUAUAUUCAAAUUGAUGCAAAUUUUUUAAUUUAAAAUAUUCAAAUUUCAGGUGUGGAUAACCCGACUAUGGUGGCAUUAUGUAGGCCCAUUACUGUCAUUAUGUCAUGUUUCGAUGACGUUCUCUUGUUUUAUGAUUAUCCUGGCGACCAUCGAGCGUUAUUACAUUACCGUCAAACACCAAUGGCUUACUUGUUUUCGUCAGAAUCGAUGUAAUUUAGCUCUUCUAAUGUUUUUAUUAUCCCUCAUUCUUCGAGGGACUGCAGUAUUCGAAUUCCAAGUAAGUAAUGUUGCCUACGUUGCUAGAAUUACUUUUCCAAACGUAUUUACAUUAGUUAAAGUUCAUUUUUUUGUGAUCAUUGUUUUCAGAUUGUAAAGAAUCACAAUUGUACGGGUGUAAUGGAGUACGACGUCGCCUUGACGGACCUUGUGAACGUCUGGGCCUACGGGACCGUCUUCAGAUUCUACUUUCGGACUGUUUGCACUGUCUUGGUACCCUUUUUCCUGCUGUUAUUACUCAAUAUUAUGAUUGUAAAAAAGUUGAGCAAGCAGAGCAGAUCCCAUAGUAUGUUCAGAUUUGGCAAAACCGAUCAUAAGGUAAGCAUUUCGUUAUUUUUGAGAGCCAAAGGUGUAUUAUUCUAGACAAAAAAGUUUUUUUGUUAUUAUAAAUGCCUGUUUUAAACUUAUGUUAUCUUUUUAACAUCCGAAAAUAAGUUUGUCGUGCCUGGAAAGUAAUUAAUCGUAUUUUAGCAAAAGAUCCGGUCGGCUACCCGACUUCUAGUCUUCAUUGUCAUGGGAUAUCUGAUAGCGAACACUUUGAACGUGGCCAUAACUGCAUGGGAGUUCGUGGAUUUUGAAUCGACCGCAGGGAUGUACGAAGUGAGUUGUGGCCUGUUCUUUUGUGAUGACAUUUUUCGGUCUAAAUAGUUGACUUUGCGUCAUGCAAAAAAAUAAAAAUAUUUCGCUUUAAUGAAGAUGAUUGUAUUGGAAACCAAUUUGCAGUUGUACGAAACCCUGACGGAUAUCAUUUCCAUGUUAUACGUCCUGACUUGUGCUACCAGAAUCAUUGUUUACGCGAUUUGCAACGAGGAAAUUCGAAGUGCCUUAAAAGAAUUUGUGUGCUCAGGAAGUAAGAAGAGCGUCUCCGGAAGUCACGAUUACAAACCCAUCCAGAAGGUGAACCCGGGAAAUGACAGAGAGUAGGUUUUCUUAAAUUGUAAUCCUUCAAAAAUAUUUUUUAGUAAAAUAAGUAGGAAAUUCUAAGUUGAUCGAUGCAUAAUUUAAUAAAGAACUCUCUAAAUUAAAUAUCACCCUAUAAAUUUUAUAAUUACAGUGUAAAUUUUGCAGUUUAUACGAAGAUUCGACGGAACAAGGGACCCAAACAUUGCCCAUGCCCAACAUGGGCACCGACUUUGAUCGAGUCGCUAUAGCCAUGGUCAUUGCCCAUCGUCGCCGAGACCGUCUCAACAGCGCCCCUCAACUCCAAUUCCAUUCCAUCGACGGGUCCACCAACUCGUUGAUGAACAGCCGAUCUUUUAUUAUCUCAAAUCCGUUGGCGGGUACCGAUAACAAUCAUAAUGUGAGCACUGGUACUACUACCAAUUUUCUGGACGUUCCCUAG